AUGACAACGGCGAAAUUGGUUGGGGAGGAGACCAUGGGUGUCAUAGCAUGCAUCCUGCAUUUGCAAGAUGAAGACGAGAAUGUUGCAAUGGGAUCGUUAGCAGUUGACGAGAUCUCCAGUAGCGAUGAUGCUAUGAAUGAGCCUACCAAGCCGGACGAUGUCUUACAGCGUCAUCACAAGAAAAAUGGACGUCCACACCUCCCUGACCCCGCAAUGCUUGAUCUCAUUUGUCGCCAGGAGACUCAACCCAUCAAUGCGAAGUCACACGACUCAGGCGUUAAGGCCAACAAGGUCAAAUUAGCCAAGUCCAAGGAAUCGACUGAAGGCCCUAAGCCGACCCAACUCGGCUGGUAUCCUCCACGGUGGAAGACUUUUCUUGAGGAGGCGAAAGCAGAGUGUCAUGCCCAGCACGCGAUCGAGAAUGCCUUCCCAGACUCCAUCAAGGAUUUGCCUCUUUCAGUCACCGAAGCACUCACGACGUCACUCGCUACUCCUCUGUCUAUUGCUCAAUGGUUGUUGAACUCAAGAAUGUCAUGA